GUUCUACAAAUAUUUUAAUUUUAAAUAAUUUUUUUAUUAAAGGCACAACUGAAUUCUUGCUCAUCAUAACAUAAGAUAGCCAUCUUUUUAUAAAUAAAUUAUUAACCAAUUAGUUUCGGUUAAUAAUUUUUUAUUUGAUAUCCAGAGUUAGUAUAAUUAAUUCAGAGUACGGCGAGGCAGUCCCAAGUCAAGUAAAUUUGUGCUGAUAUGAAAUUUCAUUUCAAUCGUGUAAAUUCCUCAUUUGGGCUGUAGAUACAAUGCAAAUGCAAAUCCAAGUUAGUUUUGUAGACUCAUUUUUGGUAAGCUAUUGAAUUUUCUGUAGAAGCAGAUAGAGGAGAGAUUUACAGAGAGAAACAUGGAAAAGAUCAAAGAAAUGACAAAGACAUUCCAUGCAAUCUCUAAGCAAGACUGGAAAAGUGUGACUAAAUUCUACGACAAGCAUCCUGAUUACAUGAUGUUUCCACUAAAUACAAACAGAGACACUGUUUUUCAUUUGGCAAUGUACAGCAAGAAGAGGGAACCUUUCGUUCAUCUGCAUCGAAUCUUCAGGGAUUACUCUGACAAUGAAGACGAAGAUGUCUUCUUUAGCAGGAAUGAAAGAGGUAACACAAUUCUGCACGAGGCAGUUGCUGUUGGAAAUCUUGAAGUCAUAACAUUUCUAGUCAGAGGCUACCCGAAGUUAAUUGAGAAGAAGAAUGAGCUGGACGAGAACCCAUUGUACACAGCAGCUGCCUUUGGUCAGACACAAAUAAUCAGGUUCUUCGCAGAGUUUUAUGGCCGACAAAGUCUUGUCAAGAUCAUGUCUAAAUGUGAAAGAAGAAAAAUUGAUGGCAAGUCUAUCAUUCAAGUUGCCAUUGAAGGAGAACAUUUUGAGACUGCUUUGGUGUUAAUAAAUUUGUUAAGAGAGAUGAAUCAGAUACAUAGGAUUCGAAGGUUGAAGGACAAGAAGGGCAUGUCUGCUCUUGACUGUCUCACUAAUUUGCCUUUUGCUUUCAGGAGUGGACACACCAUGGGCGUUUCUGAAAGCUUUUUCUACUUCUGCCUCCCCGUUCAAGAAGACAUUACAGCCACAUGCCUUUCCGAAGAUGACACCGCUACAAAUGCCAAUGAUGUUCAGUCCUUUUCGAGACAGCAUCUGGAUUUAGAGAACUGUGUGUUCUCCACUCGUACGCAUGAAGCUAGCAGAUUUGCUAUUUUUAACGUUCAAGUAACUCAUACGGCAGUGUUACAAGGGAUUAAGCAGUCAAUCUGGAAGUUCAUUCAAGGGUGGCAGGUGGAGAAAAUUUGGAGAAAGAAGAGAAAGCACAUAUUUGCUUUGAAGCUUGCCAGGUUACUAAUACAAGAAACCAUAUGGGGGGAUGAAUUUGGUGGAAUUCCAAGAGAGAACAUGUCUUCAGAUGAUGAAUUUGAAGGAAAUCCAAGAGAGAACACGGAGCACUCAUCGGAGGAGGAUGAAUUUGAAAGAAGUCCAGAGCGCUCAUUUUCCAGGGAUGAGAAUCAAGGGCAGCAAUCAUUUGAAGGGAGCAAUGAACUUAAAGAAAACCCAAGCAAGAACAUAGAGCAUUCGUCCGAGGAGGAUGAAUCUCAAGUAAAUAAACUUGAAGAAAAACCAAUUGAGGACGUAAAACAAUCAAGUGAUAAUGUAGAGUAUUCACCCGAGGAGGAUGAAUCUCAAGUAAAUAAACUUGAAGAAAACCCAAUUCAGGACGUAAAGCAAUCAAGUGAUAAUGUAGAGCAUUUAUCCGAGGAGGAUGACUUAGAAGGGAAUAAUUCUGAAGGAGGUCCAAGCCAGAAGCAUGAAUUCCGGAGGGAUAAACUUGAAGGAAAUCCAACAAGCCAGAAAACGUCUGCUCCUGAUGCUGAUCCGAUGUCUUUGUUUACGGCAACCAAGAUGGGAAUAAUAGAAAUAGUCCGGGAAGUAAUUGAGGAGUACCCUCAGUCUGUUGAGCAUCUUAACAAUAGAGGUCAGAACAUAUUACAUGUAGCUGUAUCCUACCGACGAGAAGACAUUUUCAACUUGUUAAAAGCGAUGGAAAUACCAUGGAUGAGGAUGACCCAAGUAAUUGAUACUGCUGGUUACACCUUGUUGCACCAAAUUGCAGACACCAGACACUACACUGGCGGCACCAAGCCUGGUCCUGCACUUCAGCUACAGGAAGAGUUGCUGUGGUUUGAUCGUGUGGAGAAAGUAGUUCCCUCGUACUACGCAAUGCAUCACGAAAACAACAAGAAUCAAACCCCGAAUGAGCUCUUCAAAAUAAAACAUCAGAAACAGCUCGAACAAGCGCAGCGAUGGGCCAAGGAAACCUCUCAAUCCUGCUCGACUGUUGCAGUCCUGGUUGCUACUGUCGUAUUUGCAGCUGCGUAUACCGUACCAGGAGGUACAAAUGAGCAAGGAUUUCCGAACUUUCUCAACUCCCCAUAUUUUCUUUUCUUCACUAUCAUGGAUGUUAUUUCCUUGGCCUGCUCCUUGACCUCUGUCGUAGCUUUCCUCUCUAUCCUCACCUCUCCCUUUGAAUUUGAGGAUUUUCGGCGCUCUAUUCCUCGAAAACUCAUCUUCGGCUUCACUCUGCUGUUCUUCUCUGUCAUUACAACCAUGCUCGCGUUUGGUUCCACUAUCCUGCUUGUCAUUCGCAAGGAGAAACAGCUGACAGCAAGUCUCAUUUCGGUUGCUGCUUUUUUCCCUGUUUCAGUAUUUGCUUUCUUGCAAUUUCGUUUAUAUGGGACUAUGAUGAAAGACCUUGUUUCUAUCAUUAUCAAGUUUCUUCCAUGUUUUAGAGUCCUUUCUCGAUCUCGUUAUCCCAAGUUGUAUGCAUAGUCCUCUGUUUUUCUUGGUUAAAAUCUUGUUGUUCACAUCAAAUUCAAGAUUUGAUCCUUCCUGUGUUGAA